UAUAGGACCAAGGAGUAUCUCGUAUAUACAAGACGUUCAGCGGAGGAAGAGGGAGCCGAGUCGUCUCUCUUGUCCUUGGCAACUCUGCCAACUUCAAAACACUGCCAUAUAACGAAAAAAAGAAGGAAAUAUGUAGUAGUACUAGAGACGAGAGCUAGCAUCCCAAAUAGCAUUGCAGGUCACUAGAUGGCGGCGGUAGAAUUUGGCCGUCACCAGAAGAUGACGCUCGACGCGGAGCUGUUGCAAGUGCUGACCGCCGGCGACAAGGUCAGAUACUGAGCAGACAAGACCAUGGUGCCGGGCAAAUAGACGGCCAGGUCGCGGUAAACGUCCAUGGCGCGGCACCGGGCCGUUUCCUUCUGGGCGUGGCGAGCAACGGGAACACGGCUCUGCACCUUGUCGCCAGCCGCGGCCAUGUCGAGCUCGCGGCGCUCCUCUGCGAGAGGGCACCCUCGCUUGUCGCCGCGCGCAACAAGUGCCUCGACACGCCGCUGCACUGCGCAGCGAGGUUCGGGCACGCGGACGUGGCGGCUGUCCUCCUGCCGAGGAUGCGAGCCGGCGGGGCGGAGGAGGAGUCCGCGCUGCGGGCCAGGAACCAGACGGGCGCAACCGCCUUGCACGAAGCCGUCCGGCACCGCCGUGCCGGUGUGGUGGAUCUGCUCAUGACGGAGGCUCCCCAUCUGUCCUCCGUGGACGGCGACGAUGGUGUCUCGCCGCUCUACCUGGCGGCGGCGACUCACUCGGUCCAGACGGUCCACGCGCUGCUACGCCCGUCAGAAAACGGAACACCCUCACCGGCGUCGUUUUCUGGUCCGGAGGGACGGACUGCUCUGCAUAUUGCGGCGACUGUUAGCGAAGUGAUUGUUCAAGCAAUACUGAGCUGGCAGACACAAGGUCCAACUUUGCUAGCCGCAGUUGAUUCAUCAGGAAGAACACCUCUCCAUUUCGCAGCGCUGUCCAGAAAAUUUGAUAUCGCCAAGCGAUUACUGGAUGAUCAUGCUUCCCUCGAGCUAGCAAGCAUUUCUGAUAACAAUGGAUCAUUUCCUAUCCACAUUCCUGCUAUGAAGGGGGAUACGAGAACCCUGUGUGAGCUCAUAAAGAGAUGCCCUGGCUAUUAUGAACUGGUUGAUAAUCAAGGAAGAAAUCUUCUCCAUUGUGCCAUCAAGCAUGGUCAGGAUAGCGUGGUUCGCCACAUUUGCCAAAAUGACAAGUUAGCCAUGCUAUUGAAUGCGACUGAUUGUGAAGGAAAUACCCCGCUCCAUCUUGCUGUCGAAUGUGGAAAUCCAAGAAUUGUCAGUUUACUAUUGGCGACACUGAGUGUUUGCAUGGGCAUUACCAACAAGGAUGGCCUAACUGCUAGGGAUCUUUGUUGGAUUGCAAUAGCACCUCGACAGAGUAACUAUUUCCUGGAUCCGUAUAUCAUUGCGGCAGACUGUCUCUGGUGGCUGAGAGCACCAUGUACUUUAGAAGGACGUAUUCGUGCGGAGGACAAACUCGCUACGAAGAACGCUGCAGAGAAACAACACAGCAUGACAAAAAGUGGGACGAUUGCAUCUGUUCUGAUCGCCACCGUGGCAUUCACGGCAGCGUUCACCGUGCCUGGGGGGUUUGUCGCCGACGACCAUGCUCUUGCGGGGACGGCAAUACUGGCGAGGCAUUUUGCAUUCAGAGCAUUUGUGGUGUCAGACACCAUGGCAUUCGUCUGCUCCGUCGUCGCCACCUGCUUCCAUAUAUAUGGCGCCGCCCAAACAAUUCCACGGAGCCACCGUGGCUGGUAUAACAGACUGGCGUCUGGGUUGGUGCCGGUAGCAUCACAGUUUAUGAUUGCUGCAUUUGCAUUUGGGUUCCACCUCAUCCUGGGUUCAGCCAACCGUUGGCUCAUUGUCCUCGUAUACACCUUGUCUUUGGCUUCACUGCUCUCCUGCUUCCCUAGCAUCUGGGCUCCAUUCCAUCUUGGGCUGGGAAAAGCAAUAUGGCGUCGAGCCGGAUGGAGGGGACUUGUCAACAUACACGAGCGACCGUCUAGCCUGCGGCAAUUGUUGCCUUUUUUCAUAAGGAGCUUUCUGUUCGAAAAUGUUAGACGGUCAUUGUUUGUUUUGCUCAUCGCCGCUACGUUCGUCGUCGCCAUCGUACUCAGUAUUGCUUUGCCAAACUACUGAGUUGGCUUGUUUGUAAUCUGAUGAAAUGUAUUCGUUUGA